AUGACUCUACGAGGCUACUAUACCGCCCGUCGCUUCCCAGAACGAGCAAUAAUCCACCUCAUCAUAGAAUCAUCCAGCAAGUCCGAAGAAACCUCUUGGGAAGUCAUCUCGACCUGUAACAGCCUCCGCGAAAUCCUAGAAGCACCAUGCCUGCGAGAAGGAAACGGAACCGUAAAACCCGAAGCCGCAGUAUCAAGCAUCUCCGCCAGUCACAUCUACCUCGCAUCCAAGGACCGCAAUGCAAACAACUCAACAGGAGACCUCAGCGAUAGGCCCCGCAUUCACAACGCCACCAUCACAUUCUACACCAUCUUCUGUGACUUUAACGAGAUGCCCAAGUUCAUCCAGAAGCUGGAUCGAUAUCACAAUGCAAGACUGAAUAAUGCUUUCUGGUACCUCACCGAUGCUACUAAUCGUGAGGUCGGUGCGCACGCGCGGAAGGGAGCCUGCUCGACAUUGUUAUGA